GUAGGGUUUCUAUCGUUUAGUCUCCGCCGUAUAAAUUCUCCCUCCUAUUUCGUUCCCCUCCCCACCGCCGCUUCUUCGUCUCGAUUGGUUUUUAGGGUUUCCUCUUUGAUCUCGAUCGAAGGGGAGAUGGGGCCGGGUCUCUACUCCGAGAUCGGCAAGAAAGCGAGAGAUCUCCUCUACAAGGACUACCACACGGAUCAGAAGUUCACAGUCACGACCUACACCUCGACUGGAGUCGCAAUUACUGCUUCAGGCACAAAGAAAAAUGACUUUAUUUUUGGUGAGAUUCAGUCGCAGCUAAAGAACAAAAAUAUCACAGUUGAUGUGAAAGCAAACUCGGACUCAAGUCUUUUAGCAACAGUUACAAUCGAUGAGCUUGCCACACCAGGACUGAAGUCAAUUUUCAGCUUCGUGGUCCCAGAUCAGAGGUCUGGAAAGGUUGAACUUCAGUAUUUACAUGACUAUGCUGGAGUAAAUGCUAGUAUUGGAUUGACUGCCAAUCCGAUUGUUAACCUUUCUAGUGUUGUUGGAAGUAAAGCUUUUGCUGUUGGUGCUGAUGUUUCAUUUGAUACUGCUAGCGGGAACUUCACCAAGUAUAAUGCUGGAUUGAGCCUCACUAAGGAAGACCUUAUUGCCGCUUUGACUCUGAACAACAAGGGCGACAGCCUCAGUGCCUCCUACUACCACCUGGUGACCCCACUGUCGAGCACGGCGGUUGGGGCGGAGCUGACCCACAGCUUCUCGACCAACGAGAACACCCUCACCUUCGGGACCCAGCACAUGCUGGACCCGCUCACCACGGUAAAAGCCCGUUUCAACAACUUCGGCAAGGCGAGCGCGCUGAUCCAGCACGAGUGGCGGCCCAAGUCGUUCUUCACCGUCUCGGCCGAGGUGGACACGAAGGCGAUCGAGAAAAGCUCCAAGGUCGGCCUGUCUCUCGUUCUCAAGCCUUGAUUUUCAGGGAAAAAAAACAGGAAGAAUAUAAAAGUGAAAAAGAAAAAAGAGAAUUUGGAACCAUAUUGGAAUGUUGCUUCCAUUUCAGCUUGUGGUGGAAUGGAAUAAAUUAUUUGGGGGAAACAAACCAAUCACCACCCCCCUCCCAAGGGUUGUUAAUUUUCGGUAGCACCAUUUUGAUUUCUCAUGAGCUUUCCAUUUCUCUCUCCUCGGAAACUAUUUUUCAAAAGCAAUGCUGGGACUUUGCAUUUCUUGUUUCGACGUCGGUGCUGUGAAAUAAUUUUUCAUGCUACAAACUAUCCUUGCAUCUAGUGCAUCUUUUGAUGGCGAUACCUGACUUUGUAUUGAUAUUCUGAUGUGUGUGUUUUCUUUUUUUGUUUUGAUUGUUUUC